AGCUUGGCUAACGUUAGCUGGAACACGCGUAUACUGGGCCUUCAAAGUGAAACUGUCAGUGAACUUAAUUAAAAGGCCGCUUACACAGAUGGUUUAUGCACAUUUGCCGACACAAUUUUCACGAACAAGUCAACAAAUACAUAGUUAAAAUUUUGUAAAUUAGCUUUUAUUCCACGAUUAUGGUAUAUGUUUAUGCUAUCAGAAACUCCAAAACAAGUGCAUUGUGUUUGAAAGAUCUGAAGUGUUUUAUGUUCCGAGAUAUUCAUAAUCGAAUUUGACGCUCAGUACGCUAAUUUAUUCAGAGGCGAAAAUGUCGAAGUGCCGUUGAAAAGACAAGCAAGCACCCGCCGUGGCGGCGUAGUGGCUUUGGGUAAAUACUCCAAACAGGAAUAUUUGAAAGCAAUGCAUAGUAGCCAGUCAUCAAAAUAACAAAACGAUAUCUUCUGUGUCGAUCUCGGCAGUUUGAACCACGUGGAUCCAAAGAAAACAGAUAAUAAAUAGCGUUUUCGUUUUUUAAGUUAUUAACUGAGCCUACAACUACCCGAUUCUUGGCGCAUCCCUCAUUGUGGGUAUGUGCCAUAUUUUGAAGGCGCAACAUCAUCAUUAUAAUCAUGGCGUCCAAGCUGCAGAAGAAAGAUAAUGAAGAGCCGAGGUCUCUCCAGAUCAGUCUGUACGUCACGCCUCCCUCACAUCUGGAGACCACGUCCGAUGCAGCAGCAAGCUCCAGUAGACUCCUGUCUCUUCCCCGCGCACCCGCUGAGAGGGCAGCCCAAUCGAUGGGCCCGGUGGCAGCAGCAACGAACCGCGACCGGGCCGAGAGCGAAGCUGGUGUGCCCGUGCAGGUCAAGUGGGCACUGCUCUACCUGUGCAUUGCCACCCUGGCCAUCUUGGCAGCGGGAUUCUACGUGCUUGCAUCAGGGCAGACGCAACACAGCCUGCUGCCGCUGGGAUGGCUUCCCAACGACACCAGCGACUUCGACGGCACUACGACGUUGCACAGUGCGGGCCGCGGGGGGCGCCACGACGAGGAGGCGUCCUCGAGCGCUCAGCCGUCGUACAUGAUUACCGCACGCGAGAACGUGGCCGCCGUCAAGGCGACUAACGAAGACGAGGGCGCCCAGUUUGGUGGCUCGAGUUCGAGCUACCUCUAUAGCACCACGCCCGCGCGGGAUAGCUAUUCGCGUACAGCUGUUAACCGAUUGACGCGGUUGCGCAGUUGACGCCACCAUUUCCAGAGCUUUAAAUGCCUGGAGCUUUUCUUAAAUUAGUUUUUAUGUUAGCCUAAAUAUUCUAAAGUUGUAAAGCAUCGACAACUUAAAAGCGUGGAUAAAUAAUGCAGUUCGGCGCAUGUCCACCACUGUGCAACCGACCCCUUCUGGAACGGAAGCCGCAUUUAGAAACGACUUAAUGGCCUAAAUUAGAUUACGUAGGGGUGUGCCCUGGGAGUUUCUUUGUGUAUACUAACUUACGAAGUUAUUGGAACGACGUUAGGCGCUAGGAAAUUUUCGUUUACCGUGUUUGCUGCAAAACAAUGUAAUUCUCGACCCCAAUUUCUAAAUCUUUUUUUCGGAACGGGCACACUACGCGCGGUCGCGGCUUUCCUUUCACGGUUGCUUUAACCUGAAGCGCCCGGCUACGCUGAUGCGUGCCCAUAGGUCUCGUGAAAUUUUCAUCUUGCGAAAAUUCACAGCUCAACUAAAUAAAGGAGUUUGGCAGUACAUAUUAGUGGACCAAACGGUAUAUACAUGUACUGAAGUAGAAUCGAAAGGGGAGCUGGUUGGUGCGUCCGUGUCCUCUCUCUGUUGUCCUUUUUUCCCCGCUGUUUCUUACAAGAAUAUAUGUACAUCGACAACCGCAGCAAUAAAAUCAA